GAUAAGUGAUGACCAAACUCAUUCUCAGUAACAAAAAGUAGUGUAAGCUCAAUCUAAAGAAAUGCUUCUCUCUCUUCUCCACACCAACUUCGCAUCUCCCUUUCCAUCCAAAUCCCACACCACUUUGCUGCCCAAGACCCUCUUUCCUCUCUUCCAAAUUGAACCCGCCAACUCCCUCAAAACAUUACUGUCUUUGAGCAAAAGAUCACACCAUAGCAGAACCCAUACCUCCACGCUCACUACUAGUACUACUCAUGCUUCUUUGCUUGAAGCUCCUGUUUUAUGGGCUGGUAGGCUUUUUAUUUUCUACGCCCUUUUGAAGGCUGGCCUUGCUGGAUCUCAAUCAAACCCACUUUUCUCAGAGUUGGAAAGCGAUGUUGGUGGUGAUGGUGAAUCUGGUGACUUGGGUUUCUCCAAGUGGUUGGAGAGCAUUCGAGGGAAACCAGUUGAUGAAGCAGCUGAUAGAAGGAAAUUAGUUAGCAAAUGGCAUCCUACAACAAAGGGUACACUUAGAAGGAACUACAGAGUACCUUCUAAAACUGAGGGGCGGCGCCUACUUAAAGCUAUUGCAUCCCUAUUAUCCGAUGAUGAUCACUUCAGGGAUGCCACUUCUCACAAGGGCUGUCAAAUUAGGAGGGAGAGUGCUCAUGGAGAAAGUGUUUGUUGCAACAAUGUGAGGGCUCUGUUUGAUGAGCUCCCAACACCCCACGUAAUUGUGGAAAUCACUCCUUUUCCAGCUGGGCCUCUCACAGAAAAGGAUUACACGAAGGCCGAGAAACUUGAGAGGGUACUCAAAUCCGGACCAUCUAUCUGAGUAAAUGACCCUUCACUUGUAUGUAAUCACUGUGAACAUUGUAUAUAGCGUAAAUACCAUGUACUCUCUUCGAUAAUGUCCUUUAAAUCCGUACUUGGCUACCUUCAAGUCUCAAUUUUCAAGUCACAAUAACAUUUCUACCGCAAUGAGUUGAUAAAA